UGAUUUGGAGCCUAUGGUUGUUGAUGAGGAGAGAAUCGUUUCGCGAUACGCGUCAGAGAUUGACGGUGAUUGUAUUCCGGUGACUAGACCAGGUGGUGACAGGGUUUACUUGAAGAUUAGCGCGACUGGGAGCGACGGGAGGUUGAAGAAACUUGAUUUAGAGGGACGCACCAAGGGUCUUAUUUUGGAACCCAUUAGUGUUCUAAUGCAAAGAGUGGAACAAGAUGCUUUCACAAAGGCUUUGCAAGCAAGUUCUGAAUUGCAGAAUGAUGCAAUCCUCCCUGAAACACAAGUGGUCAAUGAACAGCUUUGGGUGGAUAAAUAUGCUCCAAGUUCAUUUACAGAGCUUCUCAGUGAUGAACAGACAAAUUGUGAGGUCCUCUUGUGGUUGAAACAGUGGGAUUCCUGUGUUUUUGGAUCUGAAAUUAGGAGCACGACGGAGGAGGUCUUGUCUGCUUUGAGACGACAUUCUUCCAUUGCUCAACAUCAAAGGCCCUCUGGUAUGAGCUUUUUUAGGAAGAAUAAAGGACAACGAUUGAGUGAUGGAAACUCCAGAUACUCUAAUAAUUUGGAUCAAGAAAAUGGGAAUUUGAAAGGUCUUCAGGAGUUGUGGAAUAAAAAGUCAAGGGGUACUGGUCCUCCAGAACAAAAGAUCCUCUUGCUUUGUGGUCCCCCAGGACUUGGGAAGACAACACUUGCACAUGUCGCUGCUAAGCAUUGUGGAUACCGUGUGGUGGAGAUAAAUGCUAGUGAUGAUCGGUCAUCUUCAACAAUUGAAGCUAAAAUCCUUGAUGUGGUCCAGAUGAACUCUGUCAUGGCAGAUUCGAAGCCCAAUUGUUUGGUGAUUGAUGAAAUAGAUGGAGCUCUUGGUGAUGGCAAGGGUGCUGUGGAGGUUAUUCUAAAAAUGGUUUCUAUUGAAAGGAAAGCUGAUAAUAGGAAGGGAAAUGUUGCUAAAGUAGAUGAGUCAGGAUAGAUAUCCUAAAAAAAGGGGCAUAAAACUGCAUCAUUGUCAAGACCUGUGAUUUGCAUAUGUAAUGAUCUAUAUGCACCUGCCCUGAGGCCUUUGCGUCAGGUAGCAAAGGUUCACAUUUUUGUUCAACCGACAGUGAGUCGUGUGGUAAGCAGACUCAAAUAUAUAUGUAAUAUGGAAGGCCUAAAGACAAAUUCCACGGCACUUGCUGCACUUACAGAGUAUACUGGUGAGUUAGUAUCUAGUUCCAUUAUGGGUUUCUAUUAUCUGAUUUAG